AUGCAAAGAUUUAACAAAACGAAUGUGUUCCAAAGAAACCAAAAAACCAAAAAUGAUUUUCGGAAAAUGAACAAAGCCUCGCCAGCUACGUAUUUAGAAGAUUGCCUUUUGCGUGGAGUUGAGCGGGAGGACCUCCAAAAGGUGCACGAACAGCUGGUGAAAGAGGAGCAGUACGAUCGGGAAGAGAUAGAAGAAGGAGAAGUAGAAGAAGGCGGAGAAGGUGGAGAAGACGAAGAAAACGAAGAGGACGAAGAAAACGAAGAAGGCGAGACAUCACUCAACAUCCCGCACUGCAGUAGCACGAACACUCACCGAGACAGUAGGAACGACUUCAUUGGAGGAAAUCCUCCCAUACAUGGGGGCAGCGGAAAUGAAUAUAUGCUAAACUACUUGAAUGCCUACAUAAAUAAAAAUAUAAGGCACAGUAAAACACCAGAAAAUAAUAACCAAUCAAAUUUCUUGACUAGCCAAAGUGUAGAAAACAUGAGGAGUGGAAACCCUACCAACGUCACAGUUAUUGACAGUAACAAACAGCACAUGAGAAAUUUUUUUAAAGAUAGAGAUAAGGGUAAGCCUUUACAUGAUGCACAGGCUGCAGCCAACCUUCGCUACAUGCUAAUCCCAAAUGAGAAGGAACGGGAGGAAAAUUCCAACUGGGAGGUACACAAAGAAAAUUCCAACUGGGAGGUACACAAAGAAAAUGCAAACUGGGAGGUACACAAAGAAAAUUCCAACUGGGAGGAACGUAUAAGUAAUUUCAUACACACGGAACUAGAAAGCGGCUCCGUGGACAAUAGGGUGUAUGUGUCUAACAGGAGCAGCCUGAUGAAUGGAUCGAAUUGUUCAGACCAACGAAUGAAGAAGUCACACGAUUGGGGGAGAGCAGCAGCCGUGAUGGCGGAGGACGUGGGGAAUAUCUUUGUCAAUAAAUUUGCUCCAGGCGUGACGGGAAUCGCCACCGGCGGUUUGAGGCACCCGAGUAGCAUGCGCAACGUCCAGAACGGCCCCGCGAAUGGACGCAAUGCGAAUGGACGCAAUGCGAAUGGACGCAAUGCGAAUGAACCCAAUCCGAACGAACUCAACCCGAACGAACCCAACCCGAACGAACCCAACCCGAACAACGCCAUAGAGUGCGAAAACCACAAGCUAUCACCGAGUGGAAAUGAAAACGUCUCCCCGAUUGAGAGGCCGAGCGAGUGCGACAAGCCGCAGGGGAUCAUCCACAACAGCGUUGGAGAAAAAAGCGCGAAAUGGGUGGUACCCCCCCCCAGUAUGAAGGAAGAAGAAGAAGAAGACCCUACUAUACUAAGCGCCAGUGAAAAAAUAAACUAUGAUAACAAAAAGGGGAAGGAAAGUGAACUACCCCCAGUAAUAACUAAUUCAAAUCAAUGGAUGAGAGGACAAGGGAAGGAAAAUUAUCGAAGCUUUCUCUAUGUAAUUAAUAAAAGAAUGGAAAUAUUUUCCAAAGAUAGAAAUGUCAUUGCUGUGGAAAAUAUGUACAAGCCGGGGUUCCAAUCUGGGAAUGUAUCACUUAGUCAUAACAACCCCAUGUAUGUGAGCAACACUGAUAAGGGACCCACUUUGGGAAACACGAAACUGAGUUCAGGGGGAAGGGAAGAAGGCCCUAUUGAUAACGCGGGCCUAUCCACUGUUAAUGCUAAUUGUCAUGGAGGCUUCGUACAUAACGAGCCAAACGAAAGUUACCAAAAAACAAACGUGAAAAGGGUGCAACCAGAACAACGGCAACAUAUGCUACAGCAAUGUUAUGAUGAAAAUGCAACUCUUGGUGGUACUCCGGGGUUCUAUUCCCGCCGGGGUUCCUUCGCAGAGGGGGGAGCACAUCCGAGUGGGUUGUUGGAUUACCACGGGGGGAACCUCUCCGUGGAUACCAACGCAAUGAGGGAUUUGGAAAUGCUGGGAGGCCAGGGAAGCAGCGCAUCAGAUAACUACCCCUACAGUGGCAGCUCGGGCAACAAUAUAAGUAAUUACUGCGAUGACGACCCUCCCGAGAUGGUUAAAUUAAAUGGCGUGACUUUUUCCAGCCACGUGGAUAUGCUAAGUGAAGAGUUAAACUUUAUCGAGGAGGGACUAGUGGGUCACCAGAAGGAAGGAGGCCCAAAUAAUUUCCAUUUUGUUCAGAAGGAGAAGAAAAUAGGAAGUCCCCGCGGUGGCGACUAUGGUGAGCAUGGAGGGGUUGGAGGUAAUGACGGACUUGGCACCCCUGUCAAUAUUGGCCACCCUGUCGAUGUUGGCCACCCUGUCGAUGUUGGCCACCCUGUCGAUGUUGGCCACCCUGUCGAUGUUGGCCACCCUGUCGAUGUUGGCCACCCUCUCGACCACGGGGCGCACACCGACAUGACCGAAUCGCAGUGUGCAAAUUACGCAUUCGAAAAGGGAGUUGGAGCUGUCACGAGCACAGGGGAGGAGGAGGAUAGCGGCACCAACCGGAACAGUGCAGGUGCAAACGAAAACUGCUCCAGUAGCAGGAGAACUAGCCACGACCACAGUUAUAAUAAUAACGACCCGUUUAAUGUGGAUGCCUUUGCAGGGGACCCAUUCAUUGUCGAUCCCUUUCGCAACGACCCAUUUGGGAGCGACCCCUUUGCGGGCGACCCUUUUUUUAAUGACCAGUCUGGGAAGGACGGGUUGUGUCUAAACCAGGUAGGCACGUACAGUGAGCACAACGAGUAUUAUGCCAACAUGCACGACGGAGACGGCGUCGGCAAUGGCGACGGCAAUGACAAUGCGAUCGACAACGCGAUUGACAGUACGAUCGACCAUGUUAACAACAACGCGACGCUGAAUGACGAUUAUGUUUUUCCAUCGAGUGGAAAGAACCACCAUGACUUAGAAGACGGCGUUGCCCCACAAAACAGUCAGGCCCAGUUUGACAACGGAGGAGGCUACCUCUUCGCAGGCAGCAGCAUCAAUAACAGGUGUGUGUCAGUAAAGGAGGUGUGUAAGGGUGGAAACACAUUCGCCAGCUCGGCCAGUGGUCCCAACCAUGAUGAUUUCAUUUGCGAGAACUUGAGUAAUGAUCAUGUCGAAACGGUGAACGCGAGUGAAAACUCAUGUCACCUGCACCAUGAAAGUGACAGCAGUGACGGGGUUGGGAGUCGAGGCAAAGGCAGCAAGGGGAGCAGCAAGGGAAGCAGCAACGGUAGGAGGAGCCACGAUAGCAGUACUACUGGCGGGGAGGGGGACAGAAGAUUGUUCAGUAACACGCACUCUGGGAGGGCCCCAAAUUUCUCGCAAAGGAAAAAUGCAAAUGAUGGGCAUGCAAAUGGCGGCUGUGCAAAUGACGGCUGUGCAAAUGGCGGCCGUGCAAAUGAGGAGGACCUACUCCGCACUGCUGCGACAAGGGAAAGUAGCCACUUCAGUUUUAACAGCUGUGUUAUCCAUGUGAAGGGAGAUAAUACCCCCCGAAAUGAGUCACAUCCGGUGGGGAAUCCCCUCGUCAGUGAAGACCAGGCGGCAGUGCCUGUAGCGGGAGGAGGUGGCGCCUCUUGCCUGGAGGAUGAAUUUCCACUCACAAGGCAGAAAAUUGAAAGGGCCGUUAUUACCCCCAUAGAUGGUGGUGGGUCUGAUAUGGUCGGCAGUGAUAGAUCUGUCGAGUGCACUCGGGGAGAGAGCGGAACGGAUGGAAAAAACGAACUCACAGAAGAAAUGCUUUCCCGUGUUCUAGAGAAGAAGGGUUUCCAAAACCACGUUAAGGAAGAAGUAAGUAACAAGGAGCAGCAUGCCAUUGGGAGGAACUCAUUCGAUGAUAGAUCUUUUGGGAGCAAUCCCAGCCGCGUGCAAAAACACAACCACGCAGAUGUCAAGUUAACCCACGAAGAAGGGUACUACCCCAUCGUGGAUCGUAAUUUUCGUAGAAACGGAAUCACCAUAAGUACAAAUAGUAUUAUUACCCAUGGAAGCAUCAUGGUCGGCAAUGAAGAAUGGAUGCACAUGAAUGGGGAGGACAAUCAGAUGGACCACCUUAACAUCACUAAAGCAAAGAGGAUAGGCAAUAACCCCCUAAACGCCAACAGUAGCAGCGGAAGAAAUGCCCACAGCGCCUUGGCAGGAGGGGGUGCCAGUGUUGUCGGGAAUGCGAACAGUUCAAAUCAUGCGAGUGCGAGUGCGAAUACGAAUACGAAUGCAAGUGCGAGUGCGAAGAAGAAGGGGAAUUACUACGCCCCUGCGAGUCAUUUGAGGGAUCAUUGUGGCGUGGGCUCGAUUAGCACCAGCAUUAGCCGUGCUGGAGGCUUUGGCGGCGCCUCAAUUUCUGCCCAUCAUGGCAACUUGCAGGGACUCCAAAGUGACACUGGGGUGCAGCACCCUUUGCACGUGAAGAACGACGCCAUGCGAGACAGGAGCACUGACGAGGGAACCGUCGGACGAUCCUACGACUGGAACAAUGAACGAAGCACCAGUUAUGCCCCCCCCUCAUUUUGCAGAAACACUAAUGAAACGAAAAACGCGUUAACGAAUUUUUUUGAUGCUGUCGAAUCGGGUGCUUUGAACCAAAGCGGAAGGGCAGCCAUACCAGGAGCAUUUGCCAACAGCGGCAACGAACAGGACGUUGAAAAUCUUUUUUCACGCAUCGGGUAUCAGAAGCAGAGUGAUGUGAAGAACCAUAAGGAGAAAAUCAUCCCCUCCCCGAUGACGACCGAUCGUCCCAGUCAUAGUGGCAGCACUGCGAACCAUGUGAAGAAUGGAAACACGUUUGAUAUGUAUAGCAAUGCGAGUCAGUUCGGCAGGUUGAAGAGUUUGGGCACGAUGGAGAUCCUGAGUGAGGGGUUCCCAAACAGGGAAGUCCCCAACAGGGAAGUCCCCAACAGGGAAGCCCCAAAUGGGGAAAUGCCAAAUGGUGGCAUCUCCAGUGGUGGCAUCCCCAGUGCGUGCAGCGGAGGCGCCCACGGCUUCAGCCACUUCAUGAACAAAAGUGGCGAGGGCGAUGCGCACCAGAAGGUGGCUAGUCCAAUGGCAGGGUCUUCCUCGAAAAAUGUAAACAUGGUAGAGAAUCACCUACCCCACAAGAACGUCCCCCUCAUGCAAACCACCAGAAAUAGUAACCUCCUACAUUCCAUUGUCUAUAACCCGAGCAAGCUGCUCAUUAAUAAGCACAUUCACACCAGUAGUAAUAAGUGUAUGAACGGCAAGGUGAAAAUGAUGAAUAGUGGAAAUAGCGGCCCGCAUAGUAACAACAAUAGCAUAGGUAACCUUUGGGGAGAUUAUCGACCUAGUGGUAAUCCUCCAAGUGUGGGUAGCCCCAACUUAACACAAGCCGAUAACGAAAACAGAAAAUACCUGAACGUUGUAGGAAACAACAGUAGUGGUGGUAUAUCUAUGUCAUACAGAAAGGGGAAUAAUAAUCCGCCUACAGAUGGUAAAGUGAAAAACAAAAUGGCAGUCCCAUCGUUGAUGGCCAGUGGUGAGAAGGUAAAUUUGACGAGCAGCCCAAUUGAAGAAUGCAGUAACGUCGUUAUGGGUACCCACGGAGGAGGGAUCACACACGCAGCGAUUAGUGGGGCCACCAACUGUGCCAGCAGCUCGCCAAAUGAACAAAACGUGGGUGUGCCUUUCAGUAGAGUAGUAGGAGUAGGAGUAGGAGCAGCAGCAGCAGUAGGAACAGCAGCAGCAGCAGCAGCAGGAGGAGUCCCCUUUUACAUCACGGAAAGCAACCCCCCCCGCGGGGGUAAUUACCCAAACGGUGGCAACCACGAGAAAUUGGAGAGAAAAAAUUCGUUCAGCAGCAACGGAGACGCCUGUGGCAGCAUAAGAGGGAGAACUGUGCUUCACGAUGAUGGCAGCAGCGGUAGCAGUACGGUGAUAGAAUCGAGGCAACUCAACCAACAGUUUAGCGAACAAGAACAGAGUGCAAAUGGGAUCAACAACGGGUUGAUAGUCCCUGGAACGACGACAUACACAGGGGGUACCAAUGGUGGUGCGUCCAUCUCGUCUGUACCAUCAGGCGGAGGGGUCGUCUACUCCACAUCCACCAAUGGAGGAACAGUGACCUCCUCGCAUAUGAUGUCCAGCCAUAAAAUGAGCAGCUUUGUACCUAAUGACAAUCUGAGUAACAUCCUGUUGAGCCAAAAUUUUAACAGCUUUUUUAAUAGCGCCCGAGCGAACAUACAAGGAGGAGGGGGGAACAGCAGCACUCUGUAUGGAAGCAUCGGCGGAGGUGUCCCCAACGUGAAUAACUCCAAUGUGCAGGGUAUUAUCAUCCCCUCGAAGAAGAACGAACUUAUGUACAGUGGUAUGAAGAACAACCUGGGGGAAGGAAAAAGAAACAACAUGUGCGAAACGGUUAGUACCUACUGCAAGGAGAACUCAAACGAUGCCUCCAAAAUAGGGGAAAGUCUCUUUCAAGGAGGAGGAGGAGGCUCCACGGGUGGUGUACCCAUCGAAGGUGUGAAGGAUCAGACAUCACAUCACCUGAUCCACCCCAAAAUGACAAACACGAACAGUAACAAGCUUGCUAGUUAUGUUGGCAGCAAUAAAAUGAGGAAGGAUGUAAGGACAAAUAAAAUGACGGAGUCACAUGCUAAUCACUCAUUUGUGAGUGGAAAAAUGAGUAGCGGCAGGUUUAAUGAGUUCUCGAAGUAUAUUGUGGAGGAGCGUUUUCAAGGGGACACGAAUUACAGCUUGAGUGAGCAGAACGGGGGGGUGCCAUUUAGUGAGAGGAAGCCCGGCAUCCCGCACUAUGCAAAAGGUAGCGCCGGUAGCAGAUGCUUGAAUGGCGCCGUUAGCGCAGUUGGCGGUGUUAGCGGUAUUAGCGGCGGAGUUGGUAGUGUCGUGAGUGGCGUCGUGAGCGGAGAUGCCAAGGACGAUGGCAGUAAUGUAAACGAUUUGCCGAAGGAAAAUUUUUUCCCCAGUGGAGGCAACCGAGUAGGUAAUCAAAAGGGACCUACCAUCCCCCAGUUUCGAAAAGGUUUUGUGCGCAACAAGAAUGUCUGUAUGAAGGUUAGCAAUGGCGAAGCAUGGGAAACCACUGGGACGAGGGACUAUAAGGGUCCUCUGCAAAGCGGGUUCGACGAUAGAGGAGGAGAAGCAGCGCCUGGUGUGGCGGCUGCCUCCAUGGGCGGGGCUCGACUCUUCCGGAACCACCCGAUGAAUCACAGCAGAGGUAGCGGCGAACAGAGAAUCGAGGACCAGGUGGGUCACUACGGACACAGGGCUGAACUCGCUGCGGUAACGGUAGACCCCGAAAGAAUGUGCAAAGAAGAAGAUAAAAAUAAUAGUACUAAGGCCCAAGAGAGGAGGUACGCCAUGCAGGCCGAGGUGCUAACGAAGCGGGCGGGUAGCCUGGUUCAGGAAAACACGGUUAGUAGCAGCACCAACAGUGGUAGCAGUAACAACGGCAGUAGCAACUAUAGCGGCGGGGGAGGCACCUACGAUGCUGGCGGAAAUUACGUUGCUGGGAGCAAUUACGUUGCUGGCGGCAAUUACGUUGUUGGCGGCAACAAGGUGGGCCCCCAGAGUUCCUACCCCCAUGCCAGCAUGAACAAUGCAGAAAUUAACAACGUCAUAAUGGCCAUGAUACAGAACCCAAUCAAUUGCAGCGGAGGUGUCGUAGCGAACCACGUUAGGAAGGGAGCAGCAUCUGUCGGCGGGGCAGGAAACCCUAUCGGACUAGCCUCAGGUCACAUGGCGCAGAGCCCAAGGAGCAUCAACAACGAUGGCAGCGCUCCAAACGAUUUGUUACUGAAGGGAAAAAAUUUUGAGGAGCUGAUAUGCAGCAAGGGCUACGUUCCGAGUAGGUACCCGCAGCAUGCGUAUAACAAUGUGAGUACGAAAAUGGCUAGCCCGCUUCAGAGUGCGCCAAGUCCCCAGCACUAUGGAGUGCAUAGCGGUGUGCAGAGCGGCGUGCAGAGCGGGAUGCAGAGCGGCGUGCAGAGCGGCCUGCAUGGCAGUGUCCCUAACGUGCCGCUUAACAUCCCCCCCUGUGCAAGCGGCCCCGCCAAACACAACGAAGAUUUAAGAAUGGGUGGAGAAAAAAGUAACUUAAAGAUGCCAGCCAGCAACAUCAACAUGAGGAACCCGAUGAGUAGAGAGAACCCGAUGAGUAGAGAGAACCCGAUGAGUAGAGAGAACCCGAUGAGUAGAGAGAACCCCAUGAAUAGAGACAUUUCGACGUACAACUCCGUGGGGGGUAUUUGUUGCAAUAGGAACAGCAGUGUGGUCUCCCCGACGAGCGGAGCGGGAAGCGCCAACAACAGCCUGCCCGGUCGAAGUGUUGAAUCAUAUAAUUACCUGAUGAGCAACGAGCAGCCAGGAAAUGUGAUGCAACAACACGCGCUAGAGAACUGCACAAAAAGCAGGAGCAUGUUGAAUAAUAGCUUGAAAAUGGAUGCUAGUAAAAACUGCGUAAAGGUGAGGAGUGCGCAUCAUCAGAGUGGUUAUGCGCACCUCGUGGUGCAGCCCAACGGGGACGUGCGAAAGGGAGGGCCACCUCCCCUGUCGGUUGGGCUAGGAGUGGGGGGUGCUCAAGCAGCCUUGGCAGCACCUGCUGUAGGAGCGGCAGGAGGGGCAAUGAUUUUGCAUAACCAGAAUGGAGGCCUCAGCGAGUACGCACAACAUUACUAUGAGCAGCAACAUCAACCCCUGCAGACGCACUCUCCUCAUCAGGUGCACCCCCUUCACCACCAAAUGCAUCCUUCAUGCGAAGCCGAGCGUGGGCAGCACGCCAAGUACCUGUCGAACACCAGUGACUUGGCCAUCAAAAAGAAGGAGUACGAAAAUGUGUUCAGGUUAUCCAAAAAUCAGCUUUUAAAUUUGGAGAAUGAAAUAAAAUAUUUAAAAUCGCUAGCUGCGUACAAUAUAAAGCCGAAGGACCUGUACUUUGAGACAUACGAAGAGACGGAUGUUUUUACUUACGACGGUGGUGGUGGGGUCAGCAGAGGGUGCAGUGCUGGUGGUGGGGUCACUAGUGGAGAUUACUACUAUUACCAGCAGCAGCAUCAAGGCGGAGUGAGUAAUUGUGUAGAUGGUGGUGGUGGCCUACCCAUGGGAGGUGCUAAUCAAAUGAACGGCAUGGUAACCCCAGUUGGGAACGCGACGGGGAAUGUCUGCACUGUGAGUGGCGGCGCCAGGGGAGGGGUAGCAAUAGCAGCAGCGGGAGGAGCAGCAGCGGGAGCAGCGGGAGCAGCGGGAGGAGCGCUGGCGGAGCAGCCCCCCCAGGGUGGGAAAAUAAAAAGAGAAAGGAGGAGAACAAAACUGUACACGAACAAAUUUAGCAGCAAGUUAAAAUACACAGUGAUUGAGGAAGGGUCAUUCGGAGUAGUGUACAAAGGAUGGUACAAAGGAAUGCAAGUAGCUGUGAAGGUACCAGUAGAUAAAAUGGCUAGACAGGACCCCUACGGAUUAACAAAAAGAUCCAUUAAUGAGUGGAAAAUACUUUCUAAAUGUAAUCACCCAAAUAUAAUUAAAUUAUGUGGUGGAAUCAUACAUAGCUAUUUUGACAUUUGGCUAGUCACCAAGCUAGUAAACGGAUUAGAUUUGCACACAAUAAAAAAUAAUAUGAAGAAAGAUGACAAAGUUAUGAGCAUUGAUGUAUCUUUGAAAAUGUGCAGACAGCUAGCCAAUGUUAUAAAUUUUUUACAUACCCCUAUAAAAAAUAAAAAAAAUGUAAUCAUCCAUAGGGAUAUAAAGCCAGAAAAUUUAAUUAUUGAUAGUGAAUGGAAUAUACACCUUUGUGAUUUUGGAGAUUCAGAAGAGUGUGAGGAUGGAAUCGUAACGAAUGUGUCAGGUGCCACAUGGAUUUAUGCUCCGCCAGAAUUAUUAACUUGUCACCCUUUGAAACAGAGUAGCGACUAUAACUUUUUGGACCAUACGAAAUUAUCCUAUAAAUGGGACAUUUGGUCCAUGGGAUGUGUAUUUCAGGAAAUGAUGAAUUUACCAUCUCCCUUUCAACAUUAUAUUAUCACUUUUGAUGAAUCGGAUCAGAUUUAUGAGAAACUAGUGGAUGUUUUCACGAGGAAGUUACCUCCCUGUAUUCAUUCCAAGAUUGAGAACUCUCCCUUUGCUGAUAUCAUUCGUCUGUGUUUAAACUAUGACCCGAAUUUGCGACCCACGGCAUCCGAAAUCGUUCAGUUGCUUAACCAGCCGGAUGAGUACCUGCUGCUGAAGAGGGCUUAG